AUGGAGCUGCUUUCGCCGCCGAUCCGAGACGUAGAUUUGACGGGCCCCGACGGCUCUCUCUGCAACUUUGCAACAGCGGACGACUUCUAUGAUGACCCGUGUUUCGACUCCCCGGACCUGCGCUUCUUCGAGGACCUGGAUCCGCGCCUCGUGCACGUGGGCGCGCUCCUGAAGCCCGAGGAACACUCGCACUUCCCUGCGGCCGCGCACCCGGUGCCGGGCGCGCGCGAGGAUGAGCAUGUGCGCGCGCCCAGCGGGCACCACCAGGCGGGCCGCUGUCUACUGUGGGCCUGCAAGGCGUGCAAACGCAAGACCACUAACGCGGACCGCCGCAAGGCUGCUACCAUGCGCGAGCGGCGCCGCCUGAGCAAAGUCAACGAGGCCUUCGAGACGCUCAAGCGCUGCACGUCUAGCAACCCAAACCAGCGGCUGCCCAAGGUGGAGAUCCUGCGCAACGCCAUCCGCUAUAUCGAAGGUCUGCAGGCGCUGCUUCGCGACCAGGACGCCGCGCCCCCCGGUGCUGCCGCUGCCUUUUACGCGCCUGGCCCGUUGCCCCCAGGCCGCGGCGGCGAGCACUACAGCGGAGACUCGGACGCGUCCAGUCCGCGCUCCAAUUGCUCCGACGGCAUGAUGGACUACAGCGGCCCCCCGAGUGGUGCCCGGCGGCGGAACUGCUACGACGGCACCUACUACAGCGAGGCGCCCAACGAACCCCGGCCCGGGAAGAGUGCUGCGGUGUCGAGCCUCGACUGCCUGUCCAGCAUCGUGGAGCGCAUCUCCACCGAGAGCCCCGCCGCGCCCGCUCUUCUGCUGGCCGACGCGCCGCCGGCGUCGUCUCCAGGCCCGCAAGAGGCGGCCGCCGGGAGCGAGGUCGAGCGCGGCAGCCCCACCCCUUCCCCCGACACCACCCCUCAGUGCCCAGCGGGCGCGAACCCCAACCCGAUCUACCAGGUGCUCUGA